AUGGCCGAAGCUGUCCACUACAUCCACCUCCAGAACUUCAGCCGCUCCCUCUUGGAGACCCUCAACGGCCAACGCUUGGGCGGUCACUUCUGUGACGUGACCGUUCGGAUCCGCGAGGCCACCCUCCGCGCCCACCGCUGCGUUGUCCCCAGGGGCGCCGUCCGCCAAUUGGUGGAGUUCAUGUACAGCGGUUGCUUGGUGGUGGCCCAAUCGGAAGCUCUCCAGAUCCUCACCGCCGCCUCCAUCCUCCAAAUCAAAACGGUCAUCGACGAAUGCACCCAAAUCAUCUCCCAAAGCCGGGGGCCCAAG